GGGUGCGUAUUUUAGUUGUAUCGUUACAUUGGCAAAUAUAAUAAUAUUUGUCAGGUGGGAAACUAACACUUUUGGUCAUCCCUUCAAAUGAUCAAAGUACCGGGCUUUGUUAUCUCCCAGUUACUGGGACGGGGGACUUAUGGACAAGUAUACAUGGGAAGAAAGUCCGGUUCAAGUAAGCCAGUAGCAAUUAAAUGCAUUAUGAAGGUGAAACUAAGCAAUCAAGCCCGGGAUAAUUUAGUCAGUGAAAUUUCUAUUUUGAAAGCUCUUGAGCAUCCCCAUAUUGUUCGCAUGCUUGAUUUUACAUGGGAUGCAUCUUUUGUGUAUAUUAUAAUGGAGUUUUGUGGUGGAGGAGAUCUUGGCAGAUUUUUGAGGUUGAAAAGAAGAUUAGAUGAACUACUUGUGCAACGCUUUUUACAACAAUUAGCUUUAGCUCUUCAAUACUUAAAAGAUAAAAAUAUAGUCCACAUGGAUUUAAAACCUCAGAAUAUUUUGCUCACAUCAAUUAACAAUCCAAGCUUAAAGCUUGCUGACUUUGGAUUCGCCCAAUGUAUUAAAGAAACAGCUAAAAAGAAUGAAGUUCGUGGCACAUUAUUGUAUAUGGCACCUGAAAUAUUCUGCGAGGGUUUUUAUCAUCCUUCAUGUGAUCUAUGGUCUAUUGGUAUUAUUUUAUAUGAAUGCCUAUUUGGCACUACUCCCUACGGUCAAAUUACAAUUGAACAGUUAAAAGAGAAAUUAGUGGCAAUGGAUGAACAAAUUAAGUUACCUUCCACAAGUGAAAUAAGCAAAGCAUGUGCUGCAUUAAUACAUGGUUUAUUAAAACGGAACCCUUCUGAACGAUUAAAUCAUGAACAAUUUUUUUCACAUCCAUUCGUUGAUUUAGAUCAUGCACCAUCAGCACAAAGCCUGGAUAAAGCUGCUGAAUAUCUUAAACGUGCGCCUCAACUAGAAUCACUGGGGAAGUUAUGUGAAGCCUACGAUUGUUAUCUAGAAGGUUUAAAUCACUUAAUGGCUGCAUAUAAUUAUGAGCCAUCGCGCUUCAAGAAAUCGCAAAUAAGAAACCUGAUGAAAGAUCAUUUACUAAAAACGGAAUCACUGAAAUUAGAAUUAUGUCUACUUAGUCACACGGAUGUGACUUCAUCGUCGUCACCUCAAUUAGAGCCAAAAUCUCUUAACAGUCAAGCAGUUAAUUUACCUGAUCCUAUUGUUCCAGUGAAAUGUUAUAAUGUAUCACAACAGCCUAAAAAGAAUGCCGAUUUAUCAAAGAAAGGCCUAUUUCAUUAUCUACCAAAAGAAAAAGAUGAUCAUCAAUCUUCAUUGAAAAGCAAGUCAUCACCUACUUCUGAAACAUAUCAACCACAAUAUUCAGAUACAAGUGAUAAUUUUACAUAUUUUAGGGGAGAAUGUUUGUCGACAGAUUCAGUCGAACAAAUUAAUGUUUGUUUAUCCUCAGACAAAGCUGGAAUUCUCACUCGUAUUAAGCACUGGUUUUCGCGACAGAAUGAUAAGACUGAAAAUCCUUAUCAAUCCACUGGUAAAGCUAAACGUGUGCCUACCGCUAUAUUGGUUGAGGUGGAUAAUGCGAAUUCGACACAGUUGUCAUUGGGAUCGCUUCACUCUCCUAUCCUUCCUUCAUCUCCUAGUCCUUGUCCUAAUUCAACGAACACAACUGAACAAGAAGAACAUUUAACUCUUAGUCAGUCUUUUAAUUCCUCUACAAUUGAACCGGCCAAUGAAUCAAGUGUAAAGACAACUUCUUUGGAUUCUUCAAAGUUCAGGAAUUCCCAUUUAGAAUCUGGACCAAGUGUCGAUUCAACGGAUACGGUAGACGUUCUAGCUGAGAAAUUUGAUCGUAGUCGACUUUUAGAACUGGGUACUUCCAGCAAUAUUGUGGUUGAAUUUUUGGACAAGUUUUAUAAACUUAUUUCUAAACAUCGUUUACAAGAAGCACUGAUUUACUUUCAAAAUGAAUUUUCAAAUUGUUUAAAAGAAGCUCAGAAUGAUUCUAAUUCCAAGAACCGGAGUAUCUUGUUUAAAGAAUUAAAUCUUGCCAUGGAUAAGGCUGAACAACUCAAAGCCAAGUUAAAUUGUAAUAGUACAAUGACGAUUGGGGAAAAUGAAUCUUCUAGUUUUCAAAUUGGUGAAGAAGUACUCGAUGAAAAUCCACAAGAAGAAGGUCGUCGUCUUCACUUUAUUAUGCAGAUUUAAUUUAGUUUUCGAUGAGAUUUUUUUUACAUUCUGUUAUCACUGAGGUUACUUCUAUUUUAUUUAUUUAACUUCUAUUCAUUUCUAUCUUCUUUAUAUGUUAUUUAAACGAGCAUUCAAUAUGCUCAUAAAUAAUCUUAUACUUUCAUAAUUAUUGUGAAAGUUUUAAUGAAUAGAUUAAUCUCGCACGAGGAUGAUUAAUCACUCAAUGUUAAGGAAAACAUCACUUUUAAGAUCUAUCUAAGCGUCUAAGUGCACUGGUUACUGAGUAUCAACAAGUAGUAUAAAGCAAUGCACACAAAUGAGUUAAAUGAGAGGAGAACGGAAACUAUGAAUGCCAACGAACUUAGUUAUUAUGUUACGAGUCAAGAACUUUGGUGUGUUGCAAUCGAAAUCAUUCAUUUCAUUAUACGCAAAUAAAAAUUAUAUUUUAAACUAUAGGGGUCAUAUUUUAGUUAUUAGUGAAUGCCUGAAUCAAAACCAAACCCUUGGAUAAGUGUAUAUCGUACAGUUUAGUUUGUAAAGUUCAGGAAUUUCAAUUGUACCGUCUUUCAUGUCAUCCUCUGUAAAGUUAUGAAACAUUGUCAAGUGCUUCAUUGGCAUUUGUUUCUAUGGGGAACUUCAGUAUGUUUUAAUCUGGGUUAUCAACUCUUAUACCCGAUAAAAAUUCGUAUGCUUAACUUUGAACCACACCUUAACUGUGAGGCCUAUCGAUACUAAACAACUGCUCAAAUCGAAAUAAAGGGAGUUGGGCUUGAAUCUGCGGCUUAGUAGUUGAAAGUCAAAUACCUUAAUCGCUGAGCUAUCAUUUCAGUGUACAUUGCUUAAUCGUUAGUUUUUGUAGCUCUUCAAUAAGUUUACGUUUUAAAUUACUUUUUUCUAAUUAAAGUAUUAUAUAUUUGUGAAGGAUGUAAAUUUUUAAAAGAUAUCUUCCUCAAUUAGUUAUUUAGUUUAUCUACAUCUAAAGUUAGUAGCUAUGGACUAUUUUAUUCAGUUUAAUGUUAGUGUUUCCUAACAAUUCAAUGUAGGAAAUUUUCAUUAACAGUUCGCCUAUUACUUCCACUUAAAUUCUAUAUCAUCAUCCUUUUGAUUAAUAAAAUAUCAUUUAUUAAACGAAUAAGCAAUUGAAUAGUUUAGUGCAAUACUCUUUGUUCGUUUCUUAUUUCAGAUCAGUGCUCAUUAAUGUGAUAUAUAUGGAGAGAGAGAGAGAUUUAUCUAACCUAUUUUAUGUUGUUUGUUGAAAGCUUGAUAUCUUUCAAGUAAUCGUGAUAUUGUGUAUAUUUAUUAUUUGCAUAUUUUUCUUAUUUCUUUUUCUUAUGUGUAACUGGUAAUGUUAUACGUAAUUGUUAAUUUCUAUCGUGCAAACUUUCGUGGUACUUGUAAACCUCAUAUAUAGAUCAUGUUAACUUGUAUCGAAAAAUGUCUUUCAUACGAUUUUUUUUCUUUUCAUAUACUUUAACGGUAAAUAUAAACAAAUUGUUUUGUAGUUGAUUUAUUAUUUUUUCUUCUAAUAAGUACAAAACCACAGUUCAAAGCCUAUCGAGUCAUAUAAAAUAAUAGUUUUGUUACUUGUUUAGUAGGAUUCGAUCAACAAUAAAGAUUGAACAUGUGACUGUACUAGGCACUACUAAUUAAUAGUGAUAUUUUGUAAAUAUUUAUGUAAUGUAAGUGCCAUAUUUUAAAUAACUCGGUUACAUAUUUUCUGAGCGACACGGGUUUCAAUCACAUAAUGAACGUCUACUGUGUCAAAUUAUUUUAUACAGUUUAAUAAGGAGUACAAAGUAGCUAAUCAAACUGUCAAUAAAUUGUUCAGUACAUCGAGAUAAUCUUGGUAGUAAAAAUAAUAUGUUUUCGAAUUAUGGAGUAAUGAAUCAAACCAGUGUUUAGAGUUUACUAACAAAUAUUUAGCAAGUAGUUGUUUUUCCCCACCAACGACCAAUGUAUUUAAUGUUGAAUAAAAAAACCCGGGCAAACCGCUAAUCUAGAAGUGCUAUGUUUUAUAAAGGAGUUGUAGUCAGUAGAUGAUAAUCAAAGUAUGGCUAAAAUCUAUUUAUCAAA